AUGAAAGGAAAGAGAGUACUAGUAGCAUCUAUAUCCAAAGAAAAACUGCCCUCUUUGAUCUUCUUCCUAGCUAGCUCACAAGCCAACAUCAAAUGUCUUCCAGUACUGCAGCGUUGAAGUUGAAUGGGGACGACCAAAUUUCUGCGAGUGAUAAUACAUGUCUUCCACUUCCAGUCCGCCGGCCGUUGUCUUGCCGGAGUAGUAGUGGUAGUAGUAUUAGUACUCCUCCGUCGGUCUCUUCCUCCCCAAUCCCAUCAUUCUCCUCCAUCUCAUUCUCGUCUCUCGGAUCAUCUUCGUCAUCUUUUCACGAUGAUCUGCAGUCUCCCUUGUUCAGUCCUCCUACUCCUACAACGUCGUCAUCUCCCCACAGAUUCUCUGCAGGAGGAGGAAUCCCGUUUUCUUGGGAACAAUUACCUGGAAUUCCCAAGAAACAACUUUCCAAGAAUAACAAGGAGCCUUCGCUUACGAAUCUCCUCCCUCUUCCCCCUGCGCCUGCGAGGACGUCGUCUACUCGUCAAAGAACCUCCUCCUCCUCCAAGACCAAGAUAUUCAACCAAAUCUCUCCAAUCGGGAACAAGUACUCCUCCUCCUCCUCCUCCUCCACCCAAAGCAUUAUUAAUGUUCGCAGAGAUCCAUUUUUUGCAGCUUUGGUUGAGUGCUCCAAAGACGACGAUGACCACCACCAUGGUCAAGAAACAAUUACUGCUGCGCUUUGGAAACCAUCGAAGAUCUCUACAACACUAAGCGAUCGCUUUGGAUUUGUCACCAUGUAUACUUCUUGCAAGAGGAGCUGCUCCGUCUCAAACUCCGUUAUUUACAUUCCACGCCCACGCCCACGCUAAUAUAUGCAUAUAUGUUUAUGAAAUAUUCAAUGGUGGUUGGUUGAAGCGCUGGUGACCGGCCGGCCGUCCGUCCGUCCGUCCAACUCCUAUAGAUAAGCGUACGUGCUUGGCCGAAGACUGGCCUUUUGCUUGAAUUAUUACUAGUUUUAAUUUUCCGUUGGAACCAGUGUCCACUGUGUUAUUUUAUUAUCUUAUUUCUGAACUGCAAAUCUUGUCCCGUCUGUAGACCGUAUGUUGUACAAUCCAUAUAACUAAUAUAAUAUACGACAUAUAUUUCAACCGAUGAACUUGCUGUUGCCCUGAUCUGUA